AAUCCCCUGCGUCCAUGGUUUACUCUUAGCCCGUAUUUAAUUCCACUAAACCCCAGCUGCCGCCCUGGUUACUCACUGAAAACGACAGACUGUGAACAGCUCUGGUUAUUAAUAAUUCACCAGCCCUCCGCUCCGCUCCGCUCCGCUCCGUUCCUCCGGCCGCGGCCGCAUGCAGGACCCCGCACGGCACGUCCUCACUGCGCUGGUGCCUCCGUGCAGCCACGCUGUGUUUUCACUUCGACUUGUUUUUCUUACAUUUUUGGGGGGGAUUUGCUCGGUGUCUCACACAUGCGUACGCACAUUUCACCUCCUUGUUAACGCGUUUAGCCUGUAGGCAGUCCCGGCUGGCAGUGCCCACCAAGCCCCGCUGUAGUCUCUUCAACUCUUAUUGUUGCGACAUCCGCGCUGCCACAUGGUGAGUUUGGUUGUAGACGCUGUUCUCUCCGCGACUUUCCCCGGACACUGAGGAACAGGUGGGGUAGGACCGAGCGAGGAGGAACGUUUUCAUGUCAGAAAAGCCGGAGCAUGCACAAGGGUGAAAGCGCGCGGUGGCGUCCCAUCUGCAGGAGCAACAGCUGAUCCGGUGAGCGCGUAAACAGAGAGUGCGAGCUACUUACUGUUGGUGCACGGCCACACUCCUGCUCUGUCACUCGGGCUCACACGGUGUCGGUGUCGCAGAGCGCGGAGACUCGGUGGACAUAACGGAACCGGGACAAACUGGACAGAAUACAGGCAAGCGCAGCCUCGAAGCCGACCAUUUUCAUGGAAAUUUCACAAGUUGAAACCGAACAUAAACACCUUGCAUGAAGAAGUCGGGAAGCAGACGACUUGGAUUACACAGCUCUGUCCUCCUUUGCCUUGACUGAGAGGAGUUGACUACAAAUUACAAAAAAAAAAAAUGUUUACCGGGCAACAGGCCGUGUAUUAGGGCUCUUUUGCUUCCGGUAUAAGGCCCAGCCGAACAAGAAGCCGAGUUUUCUCUCUCCCACACACUUUUUUUUUUUUGGAAGCCGAACUUUUGAGAGUGGAAAAUGGGUCUUUGAGAGUGUUGGCACAUUUCCCUACACCACAAUGGCAACCGAAACCUUUCUGUUGAACGAAGAACCCUCCAGAGGUCCUGGGAUGCCUGAAUGCUUUGUAGUAUCAGAUUCAUACAGGUAUUACCCUACUCACCUUCUAAACAAUGCCUUAGUGGAUGAAUUUCAUCCCUUCAUUGAGGCCCUCCUCCCCCAUGUCCGUGCCUUCUCCUACACCUGGUUCAACCUGCAGGCUCGCAAGCGCAAGUACUUCAAGAAGCACGAGAAGAGGAUGACCAAGGACGAAGAGCGCGCGGUGAAGGACGAGCUGCUGGGCGAGAAGCCGGAGAUCAAGCAGAAGUGGGCCUCACGCCUGCUGGCCAAGCUCCGCAAGGACAUCCGGCCCGAGUUCCGCGAGGACUUUGUGCUUACCAUCACGGGGAAGAAGGCACCCUGCUGCGUGCUGUCCAACCCCGACCAGAAGGGCAAGAUCCGCCGCAUCGACUGCCUCCGCCAGGCCGACAAGGUGUGGCGGCUGGACCUGGUCAUGGUCAUCCUGUUCAAGGGCAGCCCCCUGGAGAGCACGGACGGCGAGCGGCUGGUCAAGUCGCCCCAGUGCUCCAACCACGGCCUGUGUGUCCAGCCGCACCACAUCGGAGUGACCGUCAAGGAGCUGGACCUUUACCUGGCCUACUUCGUCCACACACCAGAACAAUCAGGACAAUCAGACAACUCAAACCAGCAAGGAGACACAGACGUCAAGCCCCCACCAAAUGGCCACUUGAGUUUCCAGGACUGCUUUGUGACUUCAGGGGUGUGGAACGUAGCCGAGCUGGUCCGCGUUUCGCAGACCCCGGUUGCUACAGCGACCGGCCCCAACUUCUCCCUGGCUGACCUGGACAGCCCCGGCUACUAUAACAUCAACCAGGUGACCCUGGGACGGCGCUCCAUCACCUCCACCCCCUCCACCAGGACUGAAAUGGAGCUUUAUGCAAGUCUCCCACGGAGCUCCAACAAGCGCAAGUCCAUUGACGACAGUGAGAUGGAGAGCCCGGUGGACGAUGUCUUCUACUCGGGCCGUUCCCCGGCGGCGGGCAGCAGCUCCCAGUCCAGCGGUUGGCCUAAUGAUGUGGAUGCAGUGCAACACCAUUUGGCCAGUGUGCAGGAGAGGAAGAUUAAGCAUGAGAGCGAUGGAGUGCAGUUUCCUUACCAUGGACUCUCAUCGCCUGGUUCUCUUAAGAAGCCGGGGAAAUUCGAUUUCAGCGCCCUGUCCUCCCAGACGAGGUCCCCCCGCAUGGCGUUCACCCACCACCCACUGCCAAUGCUGGCGGGAGUGAGACCAGAAAUGUAUCUGUUGGCAGGGAGUCCCCGUGCUUCAGCCUCGGCCUUGCACUUCCCGUCUCCCUCCAUCAUUCAGCAGUCUAGCCCGUACUUCACCCACCCAACCAUCCGCUACCACCACCAUCCUGGACAGGACCCCCUGAAGGAAUUUGUGCAGUUUGUCUGUGCUGAUGGCUCGGGGCAGGCCGGCGGACAGCCAAACGGGAGCGGCCAGAGCAAAAUGCCAGGCUCCUUCUUGCUGCCUCCACCUCCCCCAGUGGCCCGCCCAGUGCCCCUCCCUAUGCCCGACUCUAAACCCAACAGCACGCCCCCUGACGGCGGACUCUCCUCGCCCGCAUCUCCGUCAUACUCCACGCCAGGCGCCACAGCUUCCAACAGGUUUGUCGGCAUCGGAUCACGGGACAACAACUUUCUGAACAUCCCGCAGCAGACGCAGUCUUGGUUCCUCUGACAAGAUCUGUGUACAAACCAGCAACUAGAAUUCUUUCUUUACAAUCGGAAAUAGAAAAACAGAGAAACAACCCACAGGAUGAUAUUCGUCCCCCAACCAAUCGACCCACCGACCGGCCCUGACAGUACGUCUCAACCUGAUAACAAAAUAUAAUCGAGCAACGCAGGAAAUUCCAGCAGCAUGACGCUUUUUAGAGGAACUCUGGACUCAUUUAUCCAGUCAGAGGGAGGACCCGUCUCGAGCAAAAAGAUGGAUCAAUGGAAAGAUGAAUGGAUGGACAAGAGGAUGCCCAGGAUAAAGAAGGGGUAAGGGGACAAACAGAAGCAAGCAGGUCUCUCCUAAAAAACAACCACCACCGAACCAGCAGCAACGCAGGAGGAACCUGAGGAAGGGGGGAAAAGCGGUCAACUGUCUCCUACAUUCGUGAGGAUGUUAUGAAUGGCUAAGAAAAUCAACUGUCCAACAAAAACAAAAUCAGGUUCCCGCGACACAGAUGUUAUAUAUAAGCUACCCAAAUCCAUUUGGUUUCCAAUGAAAGCUGCAGUCCACGCUCCUGUGAUGUCUCAUCACCCAAAACAAAACAAAAAUCCAAUUGACCAUUGAGUCUCUUUGUAUGACCAUUGACUACAAAGUCCCCUUUUUGCUUAUCCUGCUACUAACUAGAGAGAGAUCAUCAAAACAUAUCUUGAUUAAGGGUUGCACUAGAAGCUGAAUCAAUUAACACUAAUCGUAACGAUGUGCACUAUUUACCUACAAGGCAUGGGAGGUAAACCAGACCUGCCUAUUGAGAGUUUUAAAGAGGAAAAAAACGCUAGGUACAAGGAGCCUUUCAUGUGCCCUCGACCCCCCCCCCCCCCCCCCAAUUGUUCAGUUUGACAAAUCAAUGGCCUCCGCUCAUUCUCACAUUUCCCCGCACAACGCACACUCACACAAUCUGUGCCAUGACCACAGCAUGGGUGUGUACGAUAGAGAACACACACAGUUGCCCAGUCAGACCUUUAGAUUGUAGUCUCCACAGGUGGCGGUGUUGUAAUCUUAUUUUCCAAUGUAUCUGCACACAGUAAGCCCAGUCAACUCUCUCUACCUAUUUGAUUAGAUAUCCAAACGUCACACACGCUGAAAAUCCCAGUGUGUGUGUGUGUGUAUCAUUACUGACAGUUUUCACGAGUUUAGACAGCAGUUAUUGGUUCCCCCCCUUUGCCCUCUUUGUAAUGUAGAUGAAUGAUUUUGUUAUCGCUUGUGUGUUCUCUUAUUUGAAUUUAUUCCUUUUGGAUUUGUACUAUUUUAUAAUUGUUUUGUAUUUGAAUUGCAGCACCUUAUAGAGAAACACAGUAAGACGUGGGACGUUGAAGCGGUGUAGACAGGGUGGUUUGCUGACCUGGAUCAAAUAGUAGGCCUCAUGGGAAAAAACGUUGGCAUUCUUUCGGGAAAAACACUUUUUCUUUCUUUUUUUCGAAAGGUAGGCGAGAAGAUCAAUUCCACACUCGAGUGUGUACAUUAAAUGUGAAGCUACCACGGGCAGAUGGAUUGCUUAGCUUAGCGUAAAGGCUGGAAACAGCAAGCAGGUCUCUGCUGGAGCCCUUUGCGUCUGAACGCAGCUCGUAGGGAGAUUUGUUACGUUUGGACAGAGUCAGGCCAACUGGUUCCCCUUAUUUCCAGUCCUAAUGCUAAGCUAAGCCAGCCAGCUGCUAGCAAUAGCUUCAUCUUUAAUGGCCAGACAUGAGAGUGGUAUCGAUCUUCUUGUCUAUAUCUUGGCAAAAAAAAUCUUUUCCACACUGUCAAAAUGUGCCAGAGAAACCUAUUUGCCACGUACAGUACAGUACUGCAAGACCACACAAUGCAGGAUUUUGACAAUCACAGGAAGCUUAUUUUCUGGGGAACUAACCUGCUGAACCAUACAGGUCCACAACAACAAAACCAGCCCCAUCUAUUAUUUGACCCAGGAACAGUUGGUGGUGGAGUGAUAGAAAAACAGAACCAAGGAGGAUAAAAAAAGGUUGCUGAAGAUGGGACCGAGAGUAAAAGAGAGUAGCUCGUCUUUUCUGUCUCCCUAAAGUUUACCCUGUUGUUUACACUCCCAGACGGGCCGCUGCUCCAAGAGCAGAGGGAGCCACACUGUGGAGCAAAAUGAAUAUGUGACAUAUCUGGCUGUUUGCAGAGAGGGAACGAGGGCCUGUAAGGCUAGCAGUAGGACGAUCACCCAUGUGCCCAUUUCUGUUGGUGGUGCACAGGAUCAGAUAAAGGAUAUCGGUUGCUAUGGAAACCCCACCAACACACACACAUACACCAGCACUCCCCACCAAACUAUUGUAAAACAAUGAGCCCUUAAUGAUCAAAACUGCACUAAAACAAUCAUACCAGCCAACCUUGUGAGUUUUAAACAAAGUAUACCAGUAGAUUGACCAUCGCAGUGGAUGUAUCGCUGGGAUGGAAACACACUUGUAGAGCACAGAUGGCCACUUCUUAAACACAGACUUAUAAAGACCACUUACUAUAAAUGCAAACACCCCCUCCCCCCAUGCUCAACUACUUCAAUUUAAAGGGAAGUCUUAAAAAUAGACAAUCUGAGGAGGCCUUUAUGCUUUCAAUCGUUUUAUAUCCAUGCAUAUAUUCUGACAGUUAUCUCCUGUUUAAAACAAAAACAAAAGUUCUAAUGACCCAUCCAACCUCACAAAAUAACUGGACUGCCUGGCCAUGUUCUUCGCUGCAGGGAAACACAACAUAGUUGGCCAAAAGCGAAUGGCGCCCCAUCUCAUCCGCUUCGUAGAGAGAACUAGCUCCGCUGAAUACGACGUUAACAACGGCUAAACGUGAUUUCUUUUCUAAUCUAUGGAAGUGCCUCUGUAUUCCCAUUAUGCAAUUUGUCAAACAUGAAUUCAGGUUCUUUUUUCUCGCAUAUAAGCUAUAGUGAAUGGUGGAAAAAUUUUAUGUCAGGAGAAGGGGGGGGACAAAAUGGUGACAGCUCACUAGAUAAUCUCAAGCAUCUUUAUAUAUAAUACACAUAUAUAUUUAUAGAUAUAUACAUUUUUUUAUUUGCAAGAUAAGCUCUGUGGCAGUCUAGUUAUUUUUUGAAGCAUGGCGGACAUCGCACAGUCAUAGGAUGCAUCUGAAAAAGCGCUGAUUAAAGCUAAAGUACCAGUCUCUAAACCCACACUAAAUGACGAAAAGGAGAAAUCAGCGAUAAACACAACAAUAGACACAUAGACAGUGAUGGUAUUGUAGUUGAGGAUUUAAAAAAAAAAAAAAAAAAAGAAGAGAUUUGGUUUUGUUUUCUUGUUUUGAUGGGAAGUAUUGUUCUUGAAACUAAAUGAUGUAUGUUGAUUGAGCCAUGUGCAAUGCCUUGGUAGAGGAAUUGUGUUUGUGUGUUAGCGAUUGUUUGAGGGUGUCACGAGAAAAGAGGGAAAAAGGAAAAAAAAAAACUCUACGUUUCUUUUUUGUUUUGUUUUUCAAGUCCACGUGCUCUGGGACUCUAAAUAUGAGGGCAGCGAGAAAAAUAUCCCAGUCUUUGUAAGUAAGUUUGCGGAAAUAGUUUCUAAUUUACUUUUUGUUGUUGUCGUUUUUUUUCUCCUUUUUUCGCUUUUUUUAAGAAAAGAAAAAAAAAACUUAUUUUGUAAUGAUUUGUUUUUAAAAUGUGGGAGGGCUGAAGGAACAAUUUUGCAACUCAUAAAAUAUAUAUCACUAUGAAACCUGGUGCUUUCGUAAAGAAUAAAAGUACAUUCAAUCUCUAUUAUACAUAAAUAAUAAUAAACAAAAUUAAGUGUUAUGAUAAAAAGCAAAUUUUUAGGAAAACAUGCAUUAUUCUAUUUCUCUUUUUUUUUGUAUUUACCGAGGGGGGGAGGGGUUUAUUGUAUGAAAAGGUUGUUGUGACAAAAGGCAUUCUCUUCCCCCCCCCAUCCCUCCCUCCCAUCAACCUGUAACACCAUAGCAGAGGAAAGGUUGGAGGGAGACGAACCGGGAUCUUGUAUCCAACACAAUCAAUCCUAGUGUGGGACAAAGACAAGAUCUUCCCCAAUGGGAGAUGCACAAUUAUGGAUUCAAAGAAAGAAAAAAAAAAAAAGAAUAUCUGGUUUGAUUUGGUGUAAACGUCUAGUUGGGUUAGGGAGAGGGAAUCAGCGGACUCUGUCUGGCCAGAACCCCCCCUCCCCCCCACCCCCUCUUCCCCAUCUCCCACUGUAAAUGACUAUAAAUAUUUGUUUGGUGACGUAGUGUUAUAGACUCAGAGCAUCUUAAAGGUUGUCCCUAAAAGUGCCUUUUGUUCACAGACUCCAUCUUGUAAUCCUGAGUGCCCAUCUCGAAUGGAAAAAAAAAAACAAAAAAAAACACGUCCCCUCCUUCAUACUUCUAUAUCUUUCUCUUCCUCUUCUUGGAGCUUUUUAAAAGCAGUAUACAUAGUACUAAAGGAAAAAAAUUGGUGUGAUUUAGUUCUUCUUUUUCUUGUUGAAUAAUUAAGAAAAGCCAAAAAAAAAAAAAAAAGACAAAAAGAAAUUCUGUCUUGCUUCUCUUCCUCUGUAUCUUGUCUUCUGUCUAUCUUGGACACUGGAGUAGUCUAUAGCUGCGUAACCCUCUCUUCCCCUCCCCCUUUCCUCUUCUCCCUUUCUCUGAACGGCGGGGUUUUAAAAAAAGAAAAGAAAAAAAUACGCAACGUUUUUUUUUUUUUUUGCUGAGCAGAAUGCAGUUAGCUCACAUGUUAUUCUUGUCUGUACGCUUCACAUUGUAUUACCAUACCCAUCUUCUUCAGCUUCUCCAUUCAACAGCUAAUGUAAGUGAACAAGUUACACCAGGGGGCUCUGGGCUGUGCUGAGGCUGGGGCCGGGUCACGGCAAAGAAAUAGUUCCCCCCCGGGAGCUGGCGAUAACACAUCAGCGCGUGGCGGAGGGAGAAAAGCACUUGCGGGAACUUUAGGUUUGGGGCGUGGGCGAGGGGGAGGACCGAAGUCCGAUUGCUAGCAUAGGCAGGUUUGUUUGUAAUCCUUGUUUCUAACCUUUUUUUUUUUCUUCCUUUUUUUUAUUUAAUAGAAUUUUGAUUUGCUUUUUGAUUCUUUUUCUUUUUUUGUUGUCAUUGUUACUGCGUAUCUUAGGCAGCAGGAAAAUGCUGCAUCGUCACCUUCAGUUAUGAACCUUUCUAGUAGUUGAAUGAGACCAGCUGUUUUUAUUUUUUAAAGGAAAAGAAUGACUUGAAGCACCUUAGAAGCGGACUGGUUCCACCGCGUGGAGACUGAACGGCUCAGAUUUAGCACAAUCAUAAAGAGAUGGUACACAUUAAUUCACCGCCAUUCUAAAAAUCGCAGUGUUUGAUUGACGCAUUGACCAAAGUGAUAAUGGUUCCAAAAGCUGUACAAGAUUAGUUGGUGACUUCUAGAGAGAGAAAAAAAGCACGGUGAAAUUCCACCAGCAAAAUCGAAUGGUUACACAUUUUUUGGCCUGCAAAAAAGAAAAAAAUCUACAUAUGCAACUUUUUAAAAUGUUUUCUUUCAUCAAGCAGAUGAAGCCAGCAGCAGUAUUAUUAAUCAAACCUUGGACAAAUAUAAGCGCCACAGUUGAGAAGCCAUACCGGAGACAGACAGGUCGUGUGUGUGUGUGUAUGUAUGUAUGUGUGUGUGUACACCGUUUAAAGAAAGAGCCCAGUCGGACCCUGUGGCCGGACCGUCCGCCGUUUUUUUCUCCUUGUUUGUUUUAAGACGUUUUGUAGGACGCUGGGCCGUGGUUAGCGUACAGCUCCCCUCCCGCCUCGGCCCCUGUAACCCCUCCCGCCGAGAGUGCUCCUCCCUCUCCUCCCUCAGACCAGCUUCCCAUUCUCAGACACACACCCCCAGAGCCCAUGGUAAAUGCAUGUGUUAAUUACAGUUUCUUUUCCAUAAUAAUAAU